ACCUUUCCUCCCGACGCCGCCCCAAAUCCUCCCCGCCGCCCCUCCCACCAAAACCCUAGCUCUUGCUCGCUGGCGAUGCCGGGCAUGCCGGCCGACAGCGGGGGCGCCAUCGUCCGUUUCUCGGGGGAACCAAAGCACGCGGCGUCGGCACCGCCUGUGCGGCCCAUCCGCCACGGCGUGCCGCCGCCCAUCUCCCGCGUCUACAUCUCCUGGUCAAGCGGCAACCUCCUGCAGGUCGCCUGCCUACGGCCUCCGAAUCCGGAGGAAGGCGCCGGCCGCGGCGCGGAGGAGGUUGCCGGGAGCGUGGUAGAGGUGAACCUCGGCGUCGGCGCUGGCAAUGGCGGCGCGGAGGUCGAGGGGGAGGUCGAUGAUGCGGAGAUGCGGCGGAUCGAGUACGGUUCAGUACCGGCCUUCGCGCUGCUGCAGAGCAGGAAGAACGCCCUCGCAGAUGCUGCUGCUAUGCAGCACAUGCACUCGGUCUCAGAGCACGCGGAAUGGUGGCAAUAUGUGCUCGAAUACAGCAAAACCAUCGGUAAUCUUCUUGGCAAUCCAGAUUCUCUUCCUGCUUUCAUGAUUGAAGACCCGAGGGCAAUUCUUAAGGUUAGAGAGAAGCCUACUAGUUUAAAGGCUGCCUGGGAAUUGUUGGAGAUAUUCUAUGUUGACAAAGAGUUACACAGCUGGCUUCCGGAGCGACUCGUUGAUUGGUUAGCUGAUUACGACAGCCUCUUGACCAAGACGGAUGGCACGGUGUAUUGCAAGCUCAAUAAUUUCCAAAAAAAGCUAAUCAACCUGCAGAUUGUUGAAAAUGAUGAUGAUUACUGGAAUGGAUUAUCGGCAGCACUGUCAGUUGGAUGGCUUGAUGUCGUGGUGAAUAUGCUACGUUUUCAUGGAUCAUACCAAUUGGAUCAGAUGGACAACCGUGAGACAGAAAACGGGUUGGUUGAGGCUGUUGCAGUUCUUGUCUCAACCAUGCCGCGCAUGAGACCGGAUUUACCAAAGGGUAAAUUAGGCCAGUGCUGUAAAACAAGACCUGAUUUCAUCAAGACAUGGGAAAAAUGGCGAGGUCAAGUAAGUAAACUGGAGUGCAGUGCAUUUUGGAUUCAGUGCAGUCACCAAAAAACUCGUGAUGGUUUGAAGAAUCUGCUUCACAUCAUGUUGGGAAAUAUAAAGGACCUCACUGCUGCUACUUCCCAUUGGCUGGAACUAUUCGCUUCUCAUUUUCUUUAUAUAAGACCAUUUACGGUGGGCUUUGAAGGGAUGCAUCACUUAGCACAGAAAUGCAUACAACUUAAGCCGUCUUUCGACACUAAUGGAUUAACAGGCCUCCUUAAUGGAAUCCUAUCAGAAAAUCCAGAGGUUGUCUUGGCGGAAUGCACAACAAAAUUUGGACCUUGGAUGGUUGCACACGGUAUGGAGCUGUUGGCAGCUGAUAAUGACUAUGCAGAUAUUAUGCUGCAUGAAGAGCGGCCUAACUUUGGUGGCAUAAGCAUAGAAGAACUGCACCGGCUAGUCUACGCUCAAGUUCUGUGUUCUCAUUCUUUAACUUGGCAGAUCGCACCGACUUAUCUGUCCUCGUGUCUAAACCAAGGUCUAGGUCUGCUGGAGAUUCUACUCCUCAAGCAACCCAUACAAGAUAACCGUCUAGUGCUGAAGACUUUGGAACUUUGUCGUUUGUAUGAACUGGAGGAUGUUGGUACGAACAUCAUGAAGAUUGCAGGCAUUUACCAUUGGAAGCAUGGUAGAAAAGGAACUGGGGUUUACUGGUUUCAGCAAGCUCAUGAUAAAGUACGACUUGAUAGAAUUGCUCAACAAUUAUUUGAACGCAUUGGGAAGUCAGUUGCAGAUGAUAAUUUUAAGCAAUGGGAAGGGUUGCUCGAGCUACUAGGUUCAGACAUUGGUAGUGCAGGUGGUCUUGAGUUCCUUCACAGGUACCGGGAUUUCAAGAGAUCCCUUCAACAGGCACUAGAAGGAAGAACCGGCGAGGCUGCUCGGCAGACCGUGGAGUUUCUUAUACAGCUAAUGAGAAAUCCUUCUACACCACAACGUUUCUGGCUGCCCCUUCUACAUGACUCAGUGAAACUACUUAACUGCAAACCCCACCCUUUAUUGAAUGUUGCCGAGACGACCUUGUUGCUCAAUAAGCUACAAGAACUGUCAAUGGCCAAGCUGCGUCCUGACUUCUGCAGUAAUCACCUACCAAUCCAUGCACUGAGCUCUGUCAGGUUGGCCCUGGGAUCAAACCUCGCCCGUGCCAUUCUUGAAGAAGCUUGAAUGCUGUAUCUGGUGGAGGAUUGGCUCCAGUUUGGUGGCGUUGCUCGGCAGUUACCAGGCUCAGUAUUUUGUUGUUGUUGAGAAGAGUUUGAAUUCGUUUCGCUCUGGUUCAGCGGCUCUGCCAUAGAUGUACCAUCUAUUGUUUUUAGCUUUGGUGAUCUCAGCUGUCUGUCGUAUUUUAUACGAAGCGGGGUGCUCGUGACUGUAUCAUUGGGUAAAAAACCCGGCAUGUUGCUAAAAAUCUAGUGUACUCACAGUGAGCCUGUCGAAAAAGAAAGUACAGUGCUUA